AUGUAUGGAGUUCCAGUUCAUAGAGUUGGUGAUGUGGUCUAUAGAACUGAAAUUGCAGGUGGAGAUGUCAUGGAUAGAGAUCAUCAUUGUUGUACUAAGAACCCACCGGCUCUUAUUUCAAGUUCAGGUUAUGGACAUGUCGAAGAAAUUGGAGGUCUGAAGGCUUAUGUUUCGGGUUCUUUGGACUCAAAACUCAGAAUUCUUCUUAUUUCUGACUUUUUUGGAUAUGAAGCACCUAAUUUGAGAAAACUGGCCGACAAAGUUGCAGCAGCUGGAUAUUAUGUUGUAGUUCCAGAUUUCUUCCAUGGGGAUCCUUUUACUCCUAGCGAGGAUGUACUAGUCUGGCUUCAAUCUCAUGGAACGGAUAAGGGAGCUGUAGAAGCUAAACAAGUUAUUAAAGCUCUAAAAUAUAAGGGAAUUUCCGCCGUUGGAGCUGCUGGGAUGUGCUGGGGUGGUAAAAUUGUCGGAGAACUAGCAAAGUCUGAUGAUCUCAAAGCUAUCCUAAUGAUGCACCCGUCACGUGUUACCAUUGAAGAUAUCAAAGAAAUCAAGGUGCCCAUUUCAAUUCUAGGAGUUUUGUUGGAUUAA